UUUGUUUACUAAAUUUUGUUUACAACAAAAUGCAAUGUCUGAUCGGCGAAAAAAGAAUCGUUUGGUGCAGUACGAUUGGCUCGAGAGCCAAGAGGGCAAGGAGUUCCUUGGAAUAUUGCUGAGGCGUAAUAAACGUAGAAUUUUCGGACUACUAGAGCAGCCUGGAUUCCCAUCUGGGGUGACUCCAACAAUAAUACCAUUCAAGCUAUUAUUGUUGGGUAAAUCUUCUGUUGGAAAGACCAGCACAGUUGCUAAGCUAGCUGGAAAGGAACUUCCAACCAUGUAUAAUGAAACACCUGGUAUUCAAACAACUUUGAUUUACUGGCCUGUCAAGCUGUUAUCCUCAUCAAAUGUUGUGUUAUUUAAACUGCAUUUCUGGGAUGUUGGUGAUUAUGCUUUGAAAAAAUUUGACCAUAUUAAAACAGCUGGACAAUCAAAUAUGGAUGCCGUUGUAUUUUUCUUCUCGUUUAUAGAUAGAUCAAGUUAUGAUGAUUUGCCUUACCUAGUGACAAGAACUUGUGAUGAACUACAAGACAUAGCUAAAAUAACCAUCGGAACAAAGUUUGACCAAGUGCUCCAUAGUGAAGUUACCGAAGAAGAGCUUAGAGAUUUCCAAGAACAAUGGCAUAUUCCUAUUUAUAAAAUUUGUAACAAUGAAGGUCGCAAAUUAGCCGAUGGAAGUUUAGAUGGCAGAGCUGGGAUCGUGGAGGUGGCACCCAUCCUGAACGCGAUCACAGAAAUGCUAUGGAGACACGCGAAUGAAAAAAGAAAAGCCGUUCAAGAAAAAUCGCCAAAAAAGCGUCCGCCCGCAAGCAAUCCUGAUUCAAGCGCGACGAACAUAACUUCACAGGAUCACCACCAGAUAACUAAUAUUUAGAAAACAACAAAAAAAACUUCAAACAGAAUAUUUAUGAGUCUUAUUUUGCCAAAGACAUC